AUGUCAGACGGCCGUCAGAGCCCUGUCGUCCCUCUGCCAUCCAAGGCGUUCCCUCGCAUCAGUAUUCUGUCCGAAACGCGUUCUGUGUAUUCCUCGCCGGUGGGCGUCUAUCACUCUCCGGAUAGUGUGCCGGAGCUGAUGUUUACGAACCCCGAAGAGCUCUCAUCACCGAGCGAACGCACCCCAGUAUCACCAACAGCCUACCUGCCUCAGCACAGUCUCCAUCAGCCGCCUCUUUUAGGUGAUCUUCCUCACAUUGCUGAUGGAGAUUCUGUCAAAGCAGAAGAUCCGAUGGCUAGUGGGUUUCGACAAUCCGGAACUUUCGAACCCAGUAUCCUUCCUUCCCCAGAUGGGGAGCCUGGAGAGUGGCCUCCUGGAUCGCAACUCCCGAGCCUUGAUAUUCGACGCGUGUCUCAAACAGCACAACAACUGCCGCCUAUCACCACUCUUUCCUCGACCAGACCAGAUUUUGAACGGAAGACGCCCUCCAUCUACAUCAGCGCCGCACCCAGCGCCUGGAAUCACAAUGCCCUCUACUCGACAGCUCAUGCGUCCGGAUCAGUUUCCAGUAUCGCUUCGCAUUACACAAGUAAUUCCUCUUACGACAGCUGGGAGGCCUCGCCAAUUGCUGGACCUGUAGGACAUUCGUACUCCGACAGUGCACUUGACAUACGUGGACCCGGUCAUACGGGCGAUCGGAUUGCAUCGUCCCCCGGAGGACCAUAUAGCCUUCAUACUUCGACCUCCAGCUCUGUAGCCAGUCAGAGUAACUUCUCAGAUUCACUCCCCCUUCCAGAUGGCUCGCCAUCUCUGGGAGAAUCUGGCACGGCAGGUUCCACGCCACAACCUGACCUCAACAGAGAAAGCAUUGUGCCUGCAUCAGGUGCUGCACAGAGCACUGCGAGAUCCCCUCGAUCACCGAGAGGCUCGUUGUCUUCACGAUCCGGUAGGAAGUCGUCCGCAUCUAAUUCGCCCAACGAUGUGCUAUCAAUCGACUCACUUUCUACCGACGACAGUGGUGCUAAGGCUAAAAGGCGUGGAAAGCUCCCUAGGGAGGUAACCGAGUACCUGAAGGAGUGGUUGAUGAAACAUGCGGAACAUCCGUACCCCACAGAAGAAGAGAAGAAGGAAAUGUGCAGAAAUACAGGGCUUCAUAUGACACAAUUAUCGAACUGGUUCAUAAAUGCACGUAGGCGCAUCCUAGCCCCCAACCGAAGCUUGCGAGGAUAUCAACACUCCAUAUCGCAAGCUGGCGGACCGAGUCAGCCGUCUGCCGUGUCCACCGCAAGGCCACUUCCCGAUCAAGCCUAUGGACAUGCCUCCACGUAUUCGCCUUCUCAGUAUUCAGCGUUCGAAUCCCCAUAUCAGGACCGAUCUCCAUAUGGGACACAUCUAUCGCAUCAUCCGGAUACAGGUGGUUACAACGAUCCACAAUCACUUGGACACGGCUUGUCGAGGUCACAGUCCUUUGCUGGCGUACCCACAUAUGGUCAGCCGCUGUACUAUCCCGCUCCGACGGUCCCUACAACGAAUCAUGCGCCAUACUCUGCACUGAGUGGUGUAGGUCCCGCCUUGCCAGGGGACUCCUCCCCCACCACUUCACCGCCAGGAACUGGUGUUGGUGCACCGAUGCAAUACGCUGGCCCCGGUAGCCUGCCGCCACAACAAGCUCUCAGGAUUCCACAUGAUCUGGGACUUUCCGGUCUUUACUCUCCACAUACGCACGGAAACCCUCGUUAUUAUGAUCGGGAUGAUGUCAGCGACUACAAUCACCCAAAGUAA